CCAGGUCGCCACUUUGGACCGCCGCCUCCGCCAGCCCUCCGAGCCUGUGCCGCCGCCGCCGCCGCCGCGAUGUGGGCUAUCCUGCCGCUACUCUGCGCUGGGGCUUGGUUCCUGGGACCCGCCACCAGCGACGCCGCCGCCCUGUCCGUGAGCUCCUACGAGAAGUUUCACUUUCAGUCAUGGAUGGCACAGCACCAAAAGAAAUACAGCUCGGAGGAGUACCCCCAAAGGCAGCAGACGUUUGUCAGGAACUGGAGGAAGAUCAACGCCCACAACACUAGGAACCACACGUACAAAAUGGCAUUGAACCAAUUUUCAGACAUGACCUUUGAUGAAAUAAAACAAAAGUAUCUUUGGUCGGAGCCUCAGAAUUGCUCAGCCACCAAAGGUAACUACCUUCGGGGUACUGGUCCCUACCCACCCUUUGUGGACUGGCGGAAAAAAGGACACUUUGUGUCACCAGUGAAAAACCAGGGUGCCUGCGGCAGUUGCUGGACUUUCUCCACCACAGGGGCUCUGGAGUCUGCGAUCGCCAUAGCCAGUGGGAAGCUGCUCUCUUUGUCAGAACAGCAGCUGGUGGACUGCGCCAAGGACUUCAAUAAUCACGGCUGCCAAGGGGGUCUCCCCAGCCAGGCCUUCGAGUACAUCCUGUACAACAAGGGCAUCAUGGGUGAAGACACCUACCCCUACAAGGGCCUGGAUGGUGUCUGCAAGUUCCAACCCAAGAAGGCCAUUGCUUUUGUCAAGGAUGUGGUCAACAUCACACUUAACGACGAGGAGGGGAUGGUGGAGGCUGUGGCACUGUACAACCCCGUGAGCUUUGCCUUCGAGGUGACAGACCAUUUCAUGAGCUACAGCAAGGGCAUCUACUCCAGUACAUCCUGCCAUAAAACUCCAGAUAAAGUGAACCAUGCAGUACUGGCUGUUGGGUACGGAGAAGAAAAUGGGGUCCCCUAUUGGAUUGUGAAAAAUUCUUGGGGUCCCUACUGGGGAAUGAAUGGGUACUUCCUCAUCGAGCGAGGGAAGAACAUGUGUGGUCUGGCCGCCUGUGCCUCCUACCCCAUCCCUCUGGUGUGAGCAGGGACGGCAGCAGCAGCAGCAACUGUUGGUGGUGAAGGGGAGGACCAGGCAGCCAGGGCCAUUCCGUGAAAAUGCUGCCUUGGAGGAAGUGGUGGGGAGACCCACCCAGGGGCCCGCCACCUUCCCUCCUCACCGCUGUGCCAGGCCUGGGAUCCCAAAGCAAACCAGGAAGAAGAAUUCCACCAAACAACAAGCUCAUCUGAAUCUCCUGGUGCAAAGAUGAGUACCAGCCAGUUGCCUUCAACCUGGUUUUCAGCUGAUCCAAACCCAUAUGAUAGUGCUCUCUUCCCAGGGGCUACUUUUCACGUUUGGAGAGAGUUCCCAUGACUGGUGCAGACUGUUUUUGCU